GGCACCUGCCCGCAAGCUCCCAGGGGCCGCAGGUGCGAAGGCCGACCGAAUUCCACGCCCCGCGGAGGCCCACCAGGUCUAGGGAGGGGCCGUGGGGGUGCAGUCGCAUGCCGCUCCCAGGCUGAUGUUCCAGAUUGUGCCUUUUUAGCCAAGAAGCAUGGAGGUAAUUCAUGGCAGGCCCUACUGUUGCAAGGAGCUUGAAGGAGCUGACAUACUGUCAGACACGUUUUGCUCCAAUGAACUGCACACCCCACUGCGAAGAAAAGUUCGCCCAACUGCCUCAGAUGACAGGUAUCAGGAAUUCAGGGAGUCACUCCAACAAUGUAGGCUUCCAUGGGGUGCUGAAAGGGAAUAUGGUGGAAUGAUACCACUUUCACUCCCGGAGGAACACAGGCCAAAAUGUGAACCUCCUUGUGUCAUGGGCAAAGGACAUCAGCAUUAUGGGUUUGGUGGAGAAACCUGGCCAAGAAAGCUGCCUAUUGAACAAUACUAUUAUUUGACACAGAACAAAAAAAGUGACGUCUACGGAAAUGAUUCUUUGAUUCCCAAACCACCUAAUUCAACGGUAGAAGAAAUCUGCUACCCGUAUCCAGUUGAACACCCCUACCAUACCCACAUCUCUCGCGGUGCCAUGUUCCCGACAUUUACCUCACCAAAGGAGUUAUACACUGGAAUUAAAGCUCGCAGCCAACGGCCAUUCCCUCCAACUGUGCCAACAAAGGCUUAUGAUACAACAGUCUCGAAGACAAGAGGUAAUCCUUAUAGAUACGAACUGGUUGAUUUUCCCUCGGAUUCAAAGAAGAAAGCCUUGAAUUGGCCUGGUCAGGGUGUAUAUUAUGAUUUUCCUAAAUGUGUGGAGAAAAACAAGCCAGUAUUCUACCCAAAACCUCCUAAAACCUUCGCUCCUAACACUUCUUUAAAUUCAUGGGAUCCUAUUAACUCUCUAAAAGAAGCCAACAUACAAAGAAACCUUGAGAGGUCUCACUGGCUCACAUCAUACACUCAUGAUUAUACAGGUCUGGGGCCCAUGAACCCCCUUGAACUGGAUGAUUACCACGAAAAGGAGGUAGCAGAGUUAACUGGACAGAUAGGAUUUGACCCAGAACCUCAAGAAAAAUUCCAUCCUGUUCUCAAACCCCCCAGACCUUUGGAAGGACGAAUUGCCCGUUUGAUUCAGAACCGACGUCCUCUGGAGGCUAUUGUCCAGCAAAAAAUGCCUUCCUGUCCAGAUUGCACCCCUAAUGUUUUGUGUACUUUUCAUACCUUUAUACCCAGUUCUACAGAAAUGAUGGCACUUAGUGAUAACACACAGGCCAGUACAACCCUUAAAAACCAGAAAAUUGAAGACAAGAUUAAGGAAGAACAAAGCUUACUAUCUACUUAUACAAUACCAUCUUGUUACCCAACAAAAGAUCUGACUAACAUUUAUGACAUAAAACCAUAUCCAAAAAUUACAGAUACUAAAAAGAUAGAAGAUUUGUGCUGGAGACAGCUGUCAUUAAAACCCCAACCUAUAUCCUACUAUAAACCAAACAAUUACAUUCAGUAUGAGCAUUUUAAAUCUGCCUUGCAUGACCCACAUACUCUUUAUCAAAAUUCUGUUAGCCUUAGUAAGCCUCUUAGUUCACAAAAUAAACAAGACAAGGAAGAUUUAACUUUCAAACAUUUUUUCAAUAAGCCAGAAGAACAUCAGUUGGCCUUGAAUAUGGAAAAUGAUGAAGAAAUAAAAUCUCUUCUGAGCUGGAUUCCUAGAGCUGGAGUGGCCAAGCAUCACACGAAUUUGCUGGAGCUUAAGAAUUCUUUUUCAAAAACUGGUGCACGAAAUCGUUUCCAUAAAUCAAUUCUAGAAGACCAUAAAGACCUCAGGGAUAAGGAGCAUUCAGGGAGGAAACACCAAUUCUGUGGCCAUAAUUCCUAUUAUUUCUAUAAUUGAGAUAUUCAUCCAUCCCUUCAAAACCUAGCUUCUUGCAAGAAAAGAAAAAAAUAUAACAGAAUUUCCUUCUUAUUGCUGAAUUCUGUUUUCUAGAAUAAGCCAUACUGACCUUGUUAAUGAAGUUUAUGUUUUCUGGCAUUUAAGUUAGGAUUUGAUCAGAGGAACCCAGAAAAGGUGAUGUUCUGACUUCUUGAGAAAUUUAACAGUUUAGCAAUAAAAUAUUAGAACUACAGAAAUUUGUGGUCUUUAAUCUCACCUCGAAAUUCUACUCCAAGGAAAUUUUCCCAAGCCAGGAGAAGCAAUGUGUUCAACAAAGUUUAUGUAAUCACUGUUUCACAAAAGUGAAAAUUUGAAAAAAAAAC